AUGAUCCACUUGAAGGUUCUCAAAGGUUUAGAGAUGGAAUCUGGUUUUCUAACUUUAAUUUAUAGUCCUCCUAAAGAGCAAGAUCGAAGAAAUUGGUGGGGAAAACUAAAGAACCUUAAUUCUGGGAACGUUGUACCUUGGUUAUGCUGUGGAGAUUUUAAUGACUUGCUACUUGAUUUUGAAAAAGAAUGGAGGAAUACCAGAGACUUAAGCUCAUUGGCUGAAUUUCAGAACUUUAUGACUCUAUGUGACAUGGAGGAUUUAGGGGCCAAAGGCUUGGCUUUCACAUGGUCAAACAUGAGACUUAAUGAGGCAAAUGUGAAAGAAAGACUAGAUUGCGCAGUUUGCAACAUUUUUUGGAGAGAGAAGCAUCAAAAUGCUCAAGGGCUUAUUGAGUCAAAUUGGAAUAGGGAUAAGCAGGUGACUAUUGGUAUGGUUCAUGCUUUUAAUUCAAAUCUGAACAGAAUAAGGAAAAUCCUGACUAAAUGGAGUAAGAUUGAAUUUCCUAACAACCAAAAACUCCUUGUAACCCUUAUGGAAGACUUUAAGAAUUGUUAUGAAGGGGUAUGGAAUGAGAAUUCUGCAAGUAAAGCUAGUGAAUUUUUUGUGAGAGAUAGUAGUAGGAGUAGUGGUGGUCGUGGUAGUGGUAGUAGUGGUGGUGGUGGUGGUGGUAGUAGUGGUGGUGGCAGCAAUGGUGGUAGUAGUGGUAGUGGUCGUAGCAAUGGUAGUUGUCGUAGUAGUGGUAGUGGUGGUUGUAGUAGUAGCAGUGGUGGUGGUGGUGGUAGUAGUCAUAGUAGUGGUAGUAAUAGAAGUGGUGGUAAUAGUCAUAGUAGUGGUAGUAGUAGUGGUGGUGGUGGUUGUAGUCGUAGUAGUAGUGGUGGUGGUGGUUGUAGUAGUAGUAGUAGUGGUGGUGGUGAUAAUGGUGGUGGUAGUAGUGGUAGUAGUGGUAGUGGUAGUGGUAGUGGUGGUAGUAGUGGUAGUAGUCAUGGUAGUAGUAGUCAUAGUAGUAGUGGUAGUGGUAGUAGUAGUCAUAGUGGUGGUGGUGGUAGUAGUGGUAAUGGUAGUGGUAGUGGUAGUCAUAGUAGUAGUGGUAGUGGUAGUAGUAGUCAUAGUGGUGGUGGUGGUAGUAGUGGUAAUGGUAGUGGUAGUGGUCAUAGUGGUGGUGGUGGUGGUGGUAGUGGCUGUGGUGGUGAUAGUAGUAGUGGUAGUGGUAGGAGUAGUAGCAGUUGCAGCAGUAGCAGCAGUAGUAGCAAGAUUAUGAACAAGAAAAGGUUGUUGAGGGUUGUUCGGUACCUUCACGUGUAUGUAAUUGUAGUACGAGCAGAUGAUGUCAUAGUAGUAGUUGGUGUACAGUAA